AUGAUCAUCUUUUUAAAACAAGGUUUAAAAGACAGUGUGAAUAUAAGUCUCUUUAGCCUUACUAUAGCCGACCUGUUGUCGCUAGUCAUGCUGGGGCUGUUGACGGUGUGGUACAACCCUUACUACUACAGCUCGGAUGUGUGUACCGUGUACGAGACUUUUCGUUACAUCGUGGGCGGUGUUGUUCGCGUCACGUUCGAUCGGGUCCGUGGCUGGAUCACGGUGUUCAUCACGUUCGAGAGGUGCCUGUGUAUCGCCAUGCCGCUCAGGGUCAAGGCCGUCCUCACCAACAAGCGCGUGGCCGCCACGAUGACGCUCAUCUUCCUGCUGGUGAUUGCUGGCACCCUGCCCGUCUUCUACUCCAACCGUCCAGCGCUGAGGUUCUACCCCAAGUUGAACCGGACAUUGUUCGGGAUCUAUUACAGCUGGGACAGCGACCUGGUCGACAACAUCACCUUCAUGUUCAACAUCGUCAUCUCCACCUUCGGCUCCUUCAUCGCUGUCAUUGCUUGCACGGUCGUCAUGGUGACGGAACUAAACAAGAAAACAAAAUGGCGUCAGAAAUCAGCCACCUCGAAAUUCAACUCGGGUAAAUCUAAAAUUUCUAACAAAGACGUCAAAGUUGUUAAAAUGGUUAAACUUCUCUCGAUGGUGUACAUCGUCUGCGCCGGUCCAACCUUCGUCAACACACUGUGGUCAAUCUUUGAUUCAGAAUUCUCUCCCUUCGACGUGAAUCGCAGACAAAAUUUGUUCCUUGUGUUUUUUAUGUUCAGCUUCCUUUUGGAGUCUUUUAACUCGAGCUUAAGCAUCUUCGUGUAUUAUUUCAUGAGCUCCAGAUUCAGGCAAACGUUCCAGAAUUUUGUUCCAUUUUUCAAUUUCCGAGAAAUUCAAGAAUAG